GAGCCAACGAAGCAGCCGAGACGCAGGGCCUGCAAUGAGUGCAAGCAGCAAAAACUUCGAUGUGACUUGGUUACCAACGACGGUGCCCCAAGUACCUGCUCUCGAUGUCAGAGACUCAGUCUUGCAUGCAAGGUAGACACCGAUUUUCGCAGAACACGGAAGAGAAGGCAAGUCCUGGAGAAUGAGGUUAGAGAGCUUAGACGACAAUUGGCCACCCGAGAAGCUAGCAAUGCUGCGCUGGAAUGGCCAAUUCUAACACCAGCUGCUCCUUCGGAGGCUCGUGUUAGCGAAGCAGCUCUAUCAUCGGUGUCUGGCGCGUCUGGCCCAUCACCAGAUCCAAAAGAAGGCUCUCGUGUUCCGGGCCUGACAACACAACCCGUCAUCGACCAACCACAGAUACCGCGGAGAUCCAUCAUUACUAUUCCGAGGGCUAGGAAACUGGGCAAUGUUGAACUCUCUGUCGAAGAGAUUGACGAGCUCUACAUACUUCACUAUCAUCCAUAUCUACCGUUUUUGGACCCGAGUACUUCUCUUCAUGAGUACUACGAAUCGUCUGAGCUCCUUUUUUGGUCCGUCAUUUCUGUCGCUGCCCGGAGGCUCCAGAGCCAUCCCACACUGCUGGCUAAGCUCGCGAGAAGUGUUACGGACUAUCUAUGGAAAACCCUUCGCUCUAUUCCGUAUUCACUCCGAGUAGUGCAAAGCCUGGUGAUCCUCUGUACAUGGCCGUUUCCGACAAGCAGCAGCACUGCAGAUCCAACUUAUAUGCUAGCGGGUAUGAUGGUGCAGGUUGGAACGCAAAUGGGGCUACACCGCGCGCUCAAUGCAGAGGACUUUGUCAAGGUCCCUCUACAUCUCAGCGUUUACGAAUACUCCGAAUGGGUCAAGACGUGGGAGGCUUGCAAUAUUGUCGCGCAAAGCGUAAGUGUCGGAUGCGGUCUACCAGCCACCAUACAAAUGCACGACUGGUCCCUCACGGUUGCACCCGAGUCAACAAUGUCAUCAGCUCAUGAUGUUGCUCUGCGAUGGCAUCUUCGCAUUGAACAAUUCAGAUACAGAGUAUCUCAAGCGCUAACAUCUAAUGCUCUCGACCCUGCCGGAUUCAUGUCAGCUCGUGAGCGGCUGUCGUUGUACCGACUUCUCAACGCAUCCCUUGUCGACUUGGAGCGCGAGGCAAUAAAUAUGACGCGUAAUGGAUUUGCCCCUCUCAAACCGGCCAAUUAUGCUAACGACAGUGCAGCCACAACUCGUUACUAUCUUGCCGCCGCCCGGCUUCAUCUCCACUCAUUCUACCUCUUUGACGAAUCUAAUGUCGAUGGAUACUCCGAUCGCAUCGUUGUAUUGUACCAAACUGCUUAUUCACUAAUAGAGCAGUGCCUGGAGAUGGAUAAUCAGGAAAGUGGAUUCUUCCUCUACUGCCCAUUCUUCUGUUACCAGGUGUUUGUCUCUGCGGCUUUCAUCAUCCUCAAGGUUAUGAUGAAUGGGUAUUUCGAAAAGCUACUAGACGUCGAAGCAGGCAAACGGCUACUUGAUGCCGCCAUUUCAUCGCUGAGAAAGAUGUCAGUUGCGAAUAACGAUCUCCCUGGCCGCCUUAGCGACGUAAUUGGAUUCUUCUGUACUCUGCCAGAUCCUCGUGUUAUUAGCGGAGACUCCAUUGACGACUUGCGCUUGCGUGUUCGAAAUCGCCUAAGCAUGAGCAUCGUUUACGACUCGCUUUGGGAAUGGCGAAAA